AUGGGAUCGCUCUGCGAUAUUUUAGUUGCGGACGCUCAAAAGUGCUCACCGCAAUGUGAAGAAGAUGAAAGGUGCAUAAAAGGAGCCGAUGGAUCAUACUUUUGUCAGAACGGGAAUACCACCAGUCUACCGCUGCCUCCUUGCGCAACAUACACUUGUCAAAAUAACGGUACUUGUGUAGCGGAGAACAACGAGGUUCAAUGUAAAUGUUCACCCGGGUUCCAUGGAGAUCAUUGUGAAAUUGAGGAAGAUCUGUGCAAAGAAAAUUUUUGUCAAAAUGGAGCGGAAUGUGAAAAUUUGACGGGUGGUUACAAUUGCGUUUGCUUGAAAGGAUUUUCGGGCAAGUACUGUGAAGUUCAAGACAAAAAACAAUGUACUUCGGAUUACUGUCAAAACAACGGGCAAUGCGUUUCUGAUGGAUCAAACUUGACUUGCCAAUGUGCCAAAGGGUUUGAAGGAGACCUUUGUGAAAUUAAAACUAAGGUCAACGACCCGCUUAUCGCUUGUACCUGCGAAAACCCGGCUCAUGUUUGUUCACUCGUAAACGGGACGACUACGACCACGCAAUGCGAAUGUCCUUCAGGUUUUAUGGGUACCGACUGUAAGGAGUUGAAAACUCGUCCAUGCGAUCUUGAGCCAUGUCUUAAUGGGGGUCACUGCGUUGAUGACGGUCAGAAUCUGUUCACCUGCUUCUGUCUGCCUCAUUGGACUGGUGUCUAUUGUGGAGAGCCGGUGGAAUGCUUGGUUAAUGGGCAAGAUUGUAAAAAUGGUGGAAAAUGUGUGUUCUCCCUGACUGCUACGAUUUGUGAUUGUCCAGAAGGGUUUAAUGGAAGUAAUUGUGAAAUCAGCAGUUCCUAUAGAUCUCACCCAACAUGCACCGACAUUCGAUGCCAGAACGGAGGAGUGUGUAAACUUGGAGCAGACUCUGAACCAUACUGUGACUGUCCAGAAGGCUUCGAUGCGCCAUUUUGUGAACCAAAAUCUGGUUGCAUUGUCAACCCGUGCCAGAAUGGAGGAACAUGCCAGGAUGCCGACGGUCAGUAUUUCUGUCAUUGCAUUCAAGGAUUUGCCGGAGUUCACUGUGAAGCAUUGGAGGAACCAUCUACACCAAUUCCUACACUUGGAACAUUCCCAACUUUCACGACUACUGGAAUGCAGCAACUGGCAAAUGCUGAAAUGACAUGCGAAGACUGUUUGAACUCUUCGAAAUGUCUUGAAACAGAAUCAGGACCAGUUUGUGUAUGCCAAGAAGGAUAUUUUGGACAGAAAUGUGAUCAAAGACAUAACAAAUGUGCAAAAGUUACCUGCCCAGCAGGCCAAUCUUGUUCCCAGAUCGGAGAUAAGAUGAACAUUACGGCCGAAUGUGGAUGUGAAAUCGGGCACUUCGGACAAAAGUGUGAGAUGGUGACAUCGGCAACAUUCACUGCAAAAAGUUUGUAUAUUCAUCAGAGUUCCAAAUUUUCGCUUGGAACUUCAUCAUUUGAAAAUGUUGCGUAUGAACUUGAAUUUUCGUUCCGCACAACUGUCGAGAACACUCAUUUAGCUAGCAGUGAAAACAUACUUGGUGAAAAAAUACUCUCAAUUCAAUUGAUGUCAGGAUAUCUUGUUUUUAACAUCACUGGAAAUUUCAUGACUCAUUUACUGCCAAUGAAAAUCAACGAUGCAAAUUGGUAUACUGUUUCCGUGAAAGGAGAUAAUGAAAAAAUCGAAAUUGAAGUGCUCAAUGAAAACGGUUUCAAACUUGUUCAAAAGACACUGAAUGGACAGCUUGAAGUUUUUCUUACAAGAUUCGGAAAGGUUUCCGGUGUUAACCACUUUAUUGGCUGUAUGGCUGAUGUCCGUGUUGAUGGGGAACUCAUCAUAUUCACCGACAGCAAGAGAGCUAUUGAAAUUCGUAAGGGCUGCACACGAAGUGAACAAUGUUCCAGAGCAUACUGCCAGAAUGAUGGAGUCUGUGUUGACCAUUGGGAAAGUUCAAGUUGCAAGUGUAAACCACCGUUUCUUAAACCAAACUGCGCUUAUUUCCUCCCUAAAACCACGUUUGGUCACUUGGAUCAACCAUCAAUUGUGCAUUUGAGCACAAGCGAAACGGAAAACCACCUGCUCCGCAACCAAAUCGAAUUGAGUUUUCUAAUGCGUUCCGAAAAACCCGAUGCUGUUAUGUUCUAUAUUGGCGAGAAGCACGACGCAGAUGUUCUGACUAAUUAUCUCGUUGUGAAAAUUGCUGGCGGUCUCAUUUCGGUCCGAUACCGAACAGACGGUCGUAGAGAAAUCGGAUUCACCAGUAAAAACCGAGUUGAUGACAAUGAAGAGCACCAUGUACAAAUAUUUGUGGACAAAAACAGACGACAGAUCAUUAUCGACGAUUUGACUGAGUGUUCCGAACCAAUUACCUCGCGCAUGUCACAGGAAUUUUAUGUAGAUGACAUUGUGAUUGGUGCAUCAAACAUAGUUGCAACAGACUCAGAAUUCUACAAAGGUUAUUUUCAAGAUAUUCAACUAAAUCACAAAUCAGUGGUCAUACAUCCAACUUCACUUACGAUCGAGAAAAUUGGAAAAAUGGAGAAGACCCAGAAUGUCAUUGAAGGUGCUGUAUCUGAUCCGAUGUGUAAUAGCAAUGUUUGCAAACACGGAGAAUGUUCGGAAACAUUCAAUGAUUUUGUAUGUACCUGCUCUGAUGGUUCCACUGGAAAACAUUGCGACAAGAUUGACUUCUGUAGAGAAGCCAAAUGUAUGAACGGAUCAAAAUGCGAAAACGCAGAUAACGGCUACUAUUGCGUUUUCCCAAUAACAAUAUCCAAUGGAAGCAAACUCAACUACAACUAUGAAUCGAAAAUUUCACUGUCUCUUCCCAGUAUUAGUUUUUCGAUUAGGACACACACUCAGAAUGGUCACAUUUUCACGCUGAAUGUGAGAAAAUCUACUGUAUCUGCAUUCGUUUUCAAGAGACGUCUGGUUCUCAUCAACAACUUAAAUCAGAAGUUUGAUACUGUAAUUUCUGACGGAAAAUGGCACACGAUAGUGUUGCAUCCAUUCAAAGUCACAAUAGACAAGAGGAGCUACAUUUCAACAAGCCAACUGUUUCCAUCUGAAAGCAAAUCUGAAGCAUCUUUGUUUAUUGGAGAACAAGACAAAAAUGUGAUUUUUGCUUGCUUGGAUAACUUUCAGCUUGGGAACUAUCCAAAACUAUCCUUUACUAAAACUAAAAUCCCUUCGAAUUCUGAUGUUUGGACGCUGACGGAAAAGUCUUCUGUCGGCACUGGUUGUAUCUCUUCAGAGCAAUGCGGUUUGUUUUCCACUUGUUUGAAUGGUGGCAUUUGUAACGAUAUCUGGAACAAGAGAAAGUGCACAUGUCCAGCUGGCUUCACCGGGGAGAAUUGUGAAGAAAAUGUGAAUGAUUGCAAGUACAUGGACUGCGGCAAAAACGGAUACUGUUUGGAUGGAAUUGAUGAAGCAAAAUGUGUAUGUAACAAUGGAUUUACUGGAGAUCAUUGUGAACACGCAAAGGAUGAAUGUGAAGGCAUUGAAUGUCAUAAUGGUGGAAAAUGUGUGAAGAAUGGAGAAAACAUUACCUGUAAAUGUGAACCACAAUGGAUGGGUGACCAUUGCAACGUGACAUAUAGUACUAGCUGUAAAGAUUCUCCAUGCCAGAAUUUUGGACAGUGUAUGCAGAAAACAGAUGCAGCGUUUGAAUGCAAUUGUAUGGAUGGGUACUCGGGUCAGUUAUGUGAAAAGCGAGAUGUGAACGAGUGUAAUCAUUAUGACUGUAACCGUGGUCAUUGUGUUAUGACUGUCAGCGGUCCUGCCUGUCAGUGUGAACUCGGCUACACUGGAAGAUUCUGUGAAAAACUUCUCAACCAGUGUUCAAGUAAUACAUGUAGCUCGCGAGGCACUUGCUCUCCAGUUUGGAACAAUACCAUGUGUUCUUGCGACAAUAACUGGAGAGGGUCCCAUUGUCAAUAUCAAACAAACACAUGUUUGGAUUUCCCGUGUAACAACGAUGGUGUGUGUAGAACAAAUGAAGACAACUCCUUCUCUUGUGAAUGUCAGAAGUUCUUCAUGGGAACUAGAUGUGAGAUUGAGGGAAGCUGUUUGAAAGCGGAUUGUGUUCAUGGAGAAUGUAUUCAAUUAUCACCAGAAAGACACACAUGUAGUUGCAAUAUUGGAUAUGAAGGAAAUGCCUGUGAUAAACGAAUUGACUACUGUAAAGCGGGACCAUGUUUGAAUGGUGCCACUUGUGAGAACAAGCUAACCGGAUACAAAUGCACUUGUGAAGUUGGAUUUGAGGGAGCUGAUUGUGAAGUUAACAUUGACGAAUGUGCUUUGGAUUACUGUAAGAACGGUGCAAGGUGUAGAGAUAAAAUUAAUGAUUACGAGUGCGUCUGUGAUGGUACAGGGUAUGAAGGUCGAAACUGUACAACAGACAUUAAUGAAUGUGAGAACCCCAAUAACUGCAUUAAUGGAGAAUGUUCCAACACACUUGGAGGGUACAAAUGCGCUUGCAGAAAUGGAUUCAUCGGCCCUCGCUGUUCUAUGAAAAACCCAUGUACCGCACAAAUGUCAUCAAACAACAUUUCCAGCGUCUCUUGUGUACACGGAAAAUGUGUAAAUCCUGUAGUUCAUAUUGAAAAGAACCGCGAGGUGGCAAAAUACGAGUGUGCGUGUGACCGAGGGUAUACGGGACCGACGUGUUCACAAAGAAUCAAAGAAUCUGCCAUGUCUAACAUCAGUUAUUUGUUUGGACCAAUUAUAGCAGUCGUAAUUGUGUUUGCUAUACUUGGAUGCCUUCUUCUUUUCUUUGUGAUACGAGGCAACAAUGCAAUGCAUGGACAUUACAGUCCCAGUUCUCACGAAUUCACACAAAAUCGAAUGGCGAUGCCAACCGUCAUCAAACUACCACCUCAGGAACGAUUAAUCUAA